AUGUAUUCACUGACAUGUACUCUUCUUCUCCUGUUCGCUCGACAAGUUUUCAAUAAGCCCUUGGAGGAUCCGGAACUUCGUCAAGAUUAUUAUCAAGGGGACAUCCUAUAUCAGCCGGUUCGAACGCGGAAUGGGAUUGUCAAUAAGAUUCUUCACUGGCCAAAUGGAACCGUUCCAUAUAUAAUUGAAAAAAAUGCCUUUGACGACAGUCAUCAUCGGGAAAUUCUUAGAGCCAUAUCCAUCAUAGAAGAAAACUCUUGCGUUGUUUUCGCGCCAGUCACAGAAGAAGAACAUUCCAAUGCCGUCGUCAUAAGGUCAAACGGCUUCGGCUGUAAUUCCGCUUAUUUGGGCUACAGACAAAUACAGCAAAUCGUGAACCUUCAGAUUUUCCCCAUUGGCAUGGGUUGCUUUCGUAUCGGUUCCAUAAUCCACGAGCUUCUCCAUAUCCUUGGCUUUGAGCAUCAGCAUGUGGCAAAUAAUCGGGACGAAUACAUCAGCAUCCAAUGGGAUAAUAUUCAACCGAAGUUCAACAUAAACUUUGUAAACACAGACAAUUCUACUCUGUGGCACGACUUUGGCGAGGGCUACGACUAUGAAAGCGUUAUGCAUUAUGUUCCCAAAGCGUUUUCCAAGAACGGCCAACCCACGAUUAUACCCUUAAGGGAUGGGGCCGAGAAUAUGGGGCAGCGACUUUACAUGAGCGAAAAGGAUAUUCGCAAGCUUAACAAAAUGUACAACUGCCCUGGAUAUGUCUGA